ACACGACAUUCAAGGGAAGGAAAGCAUGGGCAAACUAUACAAGGGACUGAAUGAAUUUCAGGGAUGUGCUUCAUCCAUUCCAACCAAGUACCAGACAAUCAUCAUCAGCAAUGAAGAGAAGAAAGGCUUUUCCUCGCAGUCAAAGAGGUUUCAAAAUCACCUGAAUGAGAAUCCAGGGCCUGGUUCAUAUAUCUCAGGUGCACCUGCUGAGGGAUGCAGUCCUUCAUUCUCUAAGAGAGGAACAGGCAGCUUUGCUUCAAAAGCCGGUCGUGUGCCACGUAGCUUCCAGAGAUUAAGCCCAGGACCUGAUGCUUAUAACCUCCAGACGUCUCUACUUCACAAGCACGAUUUUAACAGAGGAGAAUCCAGAAUGUUUCGUCUGCCGGUUGCAGUAAAGAGGGAAGAACCAAAAAAUGAAAAUCCUGCUCCAAAUCAAUAUGAUGUGUCUUAUAGUGCUGUGGACAAAAAUUCAACAGUUUCAGCUCAAAGUGCAUUUUGCUCUAAAACCAGACGGAGUGCCAGUGUCUCAGACAACUUUAAAGGACCCUCUCCCUGCCACUAUAAUGUGAGUGACAUUUUGCUCCAGAAGACGCCUCAAGUUCCCAUGUCCUGUUUCAAAUCCACCACUGCCCGGAUCCAGCCACCAGUGAGAAACAACAUCCCUGGUCCUGGGACCUAUAACCCCUAUCAACCACCAGAACCUGUGAAGAGAACCGUUCUGCCAAGGAGACACUACUUGGGAUUAUCAGCGCCACCUCUGAUCCCCAUCAAAGACCCACCCUUCCCUGGCCCGGGACAUUAUGACAUAGUGAACUACAAUCGUCCGGCCAAACACCUUGUAUCUAGUGCCGCCUUCCUGUCCGGGACAAGCAGGUGGAUACAAGACGUCAAAGGACAGGACAUUCCUGGUCCCGGUUUCUAUGAACCCACAGUCCUUUCAAAGAUAUCAUUCUUGUGUAAUCCUGCAAAAAUGUGGAUACCGGCUUAA